CUCUAACACACCUGUUUUAAACACAAGGUCUUUGUGGUUAGCUCAUGUGCUAGGGUCAAUGUGUACUGGAAGCAGGGAAGCAUACUAACUAGCAUUAUCUAAGUUUAGCGGCUGAUCUCGUCUUCAGCCUGCUGGAAAGACCGUACAAAGAAGGAGACAUUUGUGUGUGUUUGUCGAUGGCAGCUGCCUAACCAUACACCAGCGUGCUUGUCUGACUCACUCCCUUUGGUGUUGACGCACGUUCGGGUUCUUGGCAGCCAGCGAGUGAUGCACAUUCAAUCAUGGCCUGGGUGUCAGGUGGUAGUUCUUAAAAUAGCAACAGUAUUUUAAAACCAACCAUCUGAGUGCGAACUCCUUUACUGCAACUCGCUUUACUCAACUACACCAUUGCAUCACUCCCGAUCCACAUUACUGGAAGUGACAGACUUUGACAUCACCACCUUUGGUGAUUGCUAACAGAGAUGUGUAUAAAGAGGGUCUCACAAAGGACAACACAGCUACUUAGUCCUGAGGCACGGCUUAUAGUCUUGUGAAACCAUUAAGGUUAUCUUUUUCAGGAAUAGAGGAAUGGGUCAGUGUAAUCCCAAAACAUCUGCUGGUGCGCAAGCAGUUUGUACAUACGAUGGAUCAUCUAGCAAACCUCAAGAAAAAUGCGAGAAAUUAAGCCAGCCACUUACACCUCCUUGCAGCAUUCAGUUCGCAGGAAACAGGAUGCGUAGCAUUUCACAGGGGAAGACACUUUCGGGCAUCUCUGUGAACAAAAGAGAGCGCCGGAUGCACAUGAGCGGCAGGAGAAGGAGUGACGACGGUCAUGGACUCAUUUUUGUUGAAGACCUGAUGGGUGGAGUUUGGGUGAAACCUGUGGUAAACACCGGGAAAACGUGAGAAUGAACCAUCUGCUCUUGGUAUCGUGUUGUUCACAGUGGUGGUGCUACCGGCCUUCAGAGCAGCCAAACUACCGGCUCUCUACACAAGAAGACCAUUUACGAGAGGAAACAAGAAUUGAUGGUUGAAUGAGUUUUAAGGAUGAACAAACUUCUGUGAGACAGUGGGAAAACAUCUACAUCAUUUACUUGGAUUUCAAUUUGUUGUAAUUAUUUUUUGAGAAAUGUGCCCAAUUUGCAUUUCUGUAUAAGAAAAUUCUACUGUCUAAAUGCCAGGACAGUUUUUCUUUCUUUCUUCUUUUGAAAUCAUGAGAACAGAAUAUUUAAGAAAGUAGGGAAUGUGUCCAUUAUUUAGUACAACCAAAUCUGUGUCACACACAAAAAUACUGUGAUGACAUCAGUGACAACAGAUGAAUGGUUCCUGAAAUUUACAAAUGCCAAAGAUGCCACAAUAUCUAAAGGACAUUUGAAUAGUUGCUGACAGCUAAACAGGUGUAAUUAGAAAUGUGGCAGAAGGUUUUUGUUUUGUUUGUUUUUUUCUUGCUUGAGUACUCAAAUAUUGAGUGUUAUAAUACAUGAAGAAUGUUCAGUUUCAUUUUUAAAAUGAUAUAUGGUUGAGUUUAAUGCUUAGAUAUGUGAUUAGAUUAUUUGAUGCAUUAGAACACUAAACGCAGUGGAUAAUUAUGCACCAUGUUUCAUUUGGGAGUUGCUCUCAUACUUUGACCCAAAUACCUUAUCAGAGAGUUCGUAGUGGGUGAGGACAUAAUAAAUCAGCCAGUAACGACAGACAUACUAGGUAAAUACUGAACAGAAGAAAAGAGUUUAGAUCUCAGUUAAAUCACGCAGUGAGUAUUUGGGGCAUAGACAAUGGGUCUGAAAGGGUCCAGAAUGCCAGAGGCACGUGUUCUCCUGCUGGGUCUCGAUGGUGCUGGUAAAUCUACUGUCCUUUUCAAACUCAAAUACAAUGAAAGUUGCCAGACAGUUCCCACAAUCGGCUUCAAUGUAGAAAUGAUUGACGCAAAGCAGAACAAGAGGAAAAUUGUGCUGACCAUGUGGGACGUAGGCGGGCAGAAGAAAAUGCGAGUCCACUGGAGGGACUUUUACCAAGACACGGCCGGGCUCUUGUUCGUUGUGGAUUGUUCCGACAGGUGCCGUUUGGAUGAGGCCAAACGUGAGCUUGAGCAUGCCCUCAGGAAUGAGCAGCUCAGGGGACUCCCACUUGUCAUCUUCGCCAACAAACAAGAUGUUGAGGGAGCUGUAACAGCCACUGAGAUCACGGAGAGGUUCAUCCUACGGAAGACCUGCAGUGACAGGGACUGGUUUGUUCAGCCAUGUUCUGCUGUCAGUGGGGCAGGGCUCCUGGAUGGGUUCAUAAGAAUGGUGCACCUGGUAAAGACGAGCUCCGAUGACAACAUUAAAGAAACAGUGAAGUAUUUAAGAUCAAAAUCCAUGAGGUCAGUGAGGAAAUAACAUGGUUAUGAUUACAGUAAUGGAACAGAUUGGCAAGGGAUCUUAUGUUUUACUGGAGCUCUUAAACCUAAAGUGUGCUCAUUCAUAAAGAUGAAUGACAUUCAAUUUUGUACACUUCUUAUAAUGUUUGUGAUUAAAUUGCAAGAAUCUGAGAUAUUUCAUUGCCAACUAUUGUGCUGAGCAACAUGUUCUAUUCAGACCAAGUAGAGACUAUUUAAAAUAUCCCUUUCUAGAAUAAUAACUUCCACCUAGAGUGAGUCAUUUACAUCAUGUGAGCAAUGAAUGACCCAUAUUGCAUACCCACAAAAAAGCAAUGCACUGGGUACUUUGGAAUGACUAAUACCCUUUUUCCUGAGGCCCAUACAGAACUGGCCUGUUGUGAUAUUAUAAAGAACACCAUGCUCCCAUUCUCUGUAUGGCAAAAUAAAUUUGUGUAGUGAGCUGAACUAACUGCAGAUUUUGUACAAAGAGAAAUGCAUAACUUCAUCUAAAUUUGAUAAAUUCUCAGAAAUAAGACAAAAAGAACAAAUGAAAAUGAGCAGCUUUUAAUUUGCAUUUCUGUUAAAGAUAGCUGGGUAAAUAAAAGAAACACCCUUCAAACAUUCUCAGGCAACUGUGAAUUAGAAGCCAUGUCUAGACUUGGUCCCUCUUGGUCAAACAGUGGAUUGUUUCAGGUCUCUGCCAUCUUUUAGGGCUACUUGAACUGUUGGUGAAAAUAUUGGCUCCCCUCCAAGUAUACAUCACAAUGGACUUAAAACAAAAGAGGAUCCUGGUUAUCUGACUGAAUAUCAUAUCCAGUGUUAGCUGGUUUUGAUUACAACAUUACCAUAAGUGAGUGAUAUAAAGCACACAAGGAAAUGAAAAAAUGGUCUCAUUUGAAGUGACCAAUCUUGAUCAAUGACUUGUACCUACUAAAUUAGUUACAGGGGCAUUUAUGAAGUGUACAUUGCUUUUCCUCUCAAAAUACACAUACUACCUCUCAAGGUUAAGGUAACUGAUUCUUUUGGAUAAUUCAUAUUAUCACAUGCAUAAGAAUGCAACUUGCUCUCCCAGACCAAGCCGAUCAACUCGUUGACCUCAGUUAGCUUUAGAAAGAGAACACUUACAAAAUUAUUCCUUUAGGAAGAUAAACCGACUCCACCUAUUUGAGAGAUACAUAGCAGACAAUAAAUAGGAUCUCCAUUCUACUACAUUGUGAACGUGGUGAGGUUCACAGAACUCCUUAUUCAAGGCCACUGUCCUUUUGAAGGAGCACAUCAAUGAAUUUUUGGAGAGCAGCUUCUCCUGGUAGACUCAAGUUUGAGAUCAUCUGAACAACUUUCAGAUCUGACUGGACUCACUAUGAUGAGGUGUAGAACAUCAGGGUGGUUAAUGUUGGGCUUUAUGCCAACUGGCUCAGCAGAGGUUGAAGAAACACCCAUUGACUGAACAGCACUUUCCUUGUUUAGUAUCUCAAAAAGGGGAUCCAAAAUGGAGUUUUCA